AAAGGCAGAAACAUUAUAAUGAAGAGGGAAAGAGGGAGAAAAAGAAAGGAAGGAAUAGAUGCGGAAAUCAGGAGGAGCAGAGAAGAAAAGGGUGCGAAGAUCGUCAGGAGCCGUACAAAACGGCACCAGAGAUCCCAGUUCCGAUACCCCUCAUAUGAAACAAUCUACAAAGAAGGAUGUGUUUCAGUUGUUUGCUGAGAAAGUGAGAGACCACAAAGAUUUGGUUUCUCGUUGGGCUGUUUUGCAGGAGACACGAGUCGAAUACUUUAGAGGGAAGGAUUUCGUAAAUUUCCUGAAAAAUCAUCCCGAGUUAAAAGAUAUAUUGGAACCAAAUAAAAGUUUAGAGGUUGAAGAGAUUGCUAAUACUUUAUUAAGAAAGAAUCUUUUAGUGCGCUGUGAUCGUGUGGUGAAAACAGUUCGUCCUGGGAAGAAAAAGUUCUGGCCAGCACAUUUAGAGAUCUUCCCUGAUCAAGUAUUUUCAGAAAAUGAUGCCUUUUUCGCAUGGACAUUUGUAAAACGGCAGCCACUGUGGCAGACACUUCUCUCAUUUUUUUGGCCGGUGUUGACUCUAGCAAUUUGCCUGUUUCCUGUAUAUCCCCAUCGGUGCAAAGUACUGAUUCUCUACGCAUGUGCAGGAGUUCUUUUACUUAUUCUCUCCCUGCUUUUAUUGAGAGCUACAAUAUUUGGUGCUCUAUAUAUCAUUCUUGGAAAGCGUGUUUGGUUUUUCCCCAACAUCCUUGCUGAAGAAGCUACAUUGCGAGAAUUAUUCCGUUUCUGGCCAAAGAAAGAUGAGGAGGAACGACCUACGUGGACAGCAAGACUUUUCUAUGCAGUAGUAGCUAUGCUGGUCAUAUUACUGUUGAGACAUCAUGCCCCUGAUGAGGCUGCCAGAGCUAGGUAUCAAAAACGGAUGUUCAAUAUCAUUGAUGAUGUUCUUGAGUGGUCUCCAAGGCUUGCUCUGUCUGGGAUGAUAGAGAAACAGCAGACUGUGGUUAAUGCCACGGAGCCCAACAACAGUUUUGCAGAUGGGAGAAAAACAAACUCAGAGCACUCAGAGCAAUCUGGGGAUGAAGUAUUUGGAAACAUAGAUGACGUGGAUCAACCCCAGCAUGAAGAUCAUAUACAAGGAUAGAAAAAUGCAAUAUACUGAGCAGAAGAUAGAUAUACUACCUUCUUUCUUUGGGUUUUUAUCUUUAGUUUUGAGUGUAAAACAAAACUGUAAUCAAACAGUGAAAUAAAGCAGUUGGCUUGUAAUGCCCCCUUAAUAGAAUUAUGAGAAUAGAUUACAAUGUUAAGUUCA